CAAAAUCAUCAUUUGUGGAUAGCUUUACAACUCUGUGUGUGCUUCAUGAUUAUAAGUGUAGUACUAGUCAAGGUUUAUUGAAAAGAUUACCAGUCUUGUUUUUCUGACAGGCUUGGUGGAUGGAGUACUGAAGGGGUGUUCAUACUUUUGGCAACCAUCAGACACUAUUUGCUUGAAAACUGUCGAUAAAAAAAAGCUUUAAAAAUCUUCCACUAGCCAAUGUUUUUGAGUGGUUGUGUUCUUCUACUCAGCUGUAUGAACAUAUUACACGCUGUCACUGCCCAACAGCAGGUGUCACCAAAAAUACAGAAAUUAAAGCAGUCAUGUAAAGACGGGAAAGAAUGUCCCCAGGUUUUUGAUAAAGACGAUUUAAAAAAGCGAUUGACUCCUCUCCAAUAUAGAGUAACACAGGAGAGGGGCACAGAAAGUGCCUUCUCUGGAGAAUAUAUAAACAAAAAAGAUGAGGGUGUAUAUAAUUGUGUUGUGUGUGGAACUCCACUAUUUUCAUCAGAUACCAAAUACAACUCCAAAUCAGGUUGGCCGUCCUUUAAUGAUGUCUUGAGUAAAGAGCAAAUAGCCUUAAAAACAGAUGUCUCGCAUAGUAUGCAAAGAGUGGAAUUAAAGUGUGCAGAUUGUGGAUCUCAUCUAGGACAUGUGUUUGAUGAUGGACCCAAACCAACUGGUAUUAGAUACUGUGUGAAUUCAGCAUCAUUAGACUUUAAAAAACACACCACAGUAUAAUUUACUUGGGUAUCGCCAUCUUUUAAAACUCAAAAAUUUUUUGUGGAUUACUAAUCCAUGAAGAUUUUGUGUUUUAUAGUAUUUCACCUUUUUAUGAUCUGUGGAGAUUAGAAAUAUCAUUAUUUAAUGCAUUAAUCCUUUAAAUACUGUGUACAGUCAUUGAACUUUAAUAACACUUGUAUUAUGUUAAUUAAAAAAUAACCUGUUUAGACCUGUAUACAUGGAUGCUAUUAACUAUUUAAAUUUAAGGGUGCUGACAUGUAGUUUUUAGGGUAUUUUUUUAAGAGGGACCCACAUGUGACAUAUACCCUAAAUUUAAAUAUAUAAUAACUUUCAACUUACGAGAAUAAACAUAAUCACAAUAGAGUUAAUCAUAGUCUCCUUUUUCCAUCUAAAAUUGAAUCAAGAGAACCAUUUCAACACCCUGAGAACUUAGUUUUGUAUUUGUUAAAGCUGCUGAUGGCCAUUUGCAUCUUUCUGAUAAUAGCUAAAUUUCAACUCAAAGUGAUUAUUUAAAAUUUUAUUUAGAAAACAAAAUAUCAAUGGUUGAUAAUCUCCCGGCUUAGAUUCAAUUGAAUGAAAAAGUUUUUACCAGACAUUUAUAGGUGAGCGCUAGGAUGUCUAUGUUUAAUAGUAUAUUGUCUACAGCAGAUGCUUACUGUUAUGACAUUUUCACUUCAUCAUAUUCUUUUAAAUAUUGAACAGAAUUGAACCAUUUUUGGAUUAAUUUUCCUUAUAGAGAUUUAACCUUCACAGCAUUAUAGUUUGCUGAAGGAUUAAAAAUCCCUCAAAUGAUGAUAAGAGAAUUUAAGUUAAUUGCAUAUCAGAUUCUUGUUUAUAAAUUUGUUAAGAAUUGGUUUGUUCUGCAUAAUAUGAGAUAUUGUUGUAAAGCAAAGCUUCACUGUGACACUAACAAUUUAUUAUAUGGAAAUUAUGUCUCCUUUAUUCUUGUUUAAUUGCAUGUUGACAUAAAUUUUUACCCCAGAAAAUCUUUGAUUCGAAAAUUUUGUCUGAGAAUGGAAAAGGUAUUAGUUGUGAAAAUUUAGGAAAAUGGCAAAUUUGUGUGUGUCAGUUUAUUGUCUGUGCUUUGUGAUCUCAUAUGAUGUGCUGAUAUCAAUUUGUAAAUCUCAUCUGAUGUGCUGAUAUCAAUUUGUAAAUUAAUCUGAUGUGCUGCUAUCAAUUUGUAAAUCUCAUCUGAUGUGCUGAUAUCAAUUUGUAAAUCUUAUCUGGUAUACUGAUAUCGAUUGGAAAUGUCUUUGCCAAAUAUUGUUUUGUGACAAGGCUCUUUACAUUUCUGUGCUGUUGUUUUUUUUUUCGGGAUGCCAAAGAUAAAUGAAUGUUAAAUGAUUGAUAUCAAUUUAAGAGUAGAUAAAUUUAGUUGAAUAAUUAAUACAUUAUAACAAUUCAAGUUAACGAUUUAUAAAUGAAUGGUGCUAAUAACUUAUCUAGUGAUAUUUUGUCCUUAGAAACCGGUGUUUUAAAUACUUUAAUUAGUAAACCAGGCUUGUCUGGGCCAGUCUCCGUAGAUGUUAUAUGUCUUUAAUAAGGAGACUGUUCCAGGUUGGCCUGUGUGAUCCUGCUGUAUAAUCAACCAAAUAAAACCUAUUAUUAUUUAUUAAAGCUCAACUCUACUCAGUAAGGAUGUGGAAAAAGACUGGGGCAAUGCAAGAGUUAUCUCCCAUUGCUUAUCCAGAUGUUCCUAAAUUUUUAAAAGUAUGUUUUGCACUUUAGUUCCAAAAACAAUUUCAGUGUUCUCAGAUUUAAAAGGCAGUGUUGCUAGAAUGCCUGAUACCACUUCUUAUUUGAGGAGUUCAAAUAGCUAAAAUAAAUUGGUUAUACUUCUGUAUAUCAGAUAAGUUGUAUGACUUAAAUGGCGACUUGAAGAACGAACGUAUGAAGGGUAGAGUUGUCCUUUAAUGUCUGCUAUUUUUAUUAAAAUGGUAUGAUAUUGGUAAAUUUAUGAAAUGAAUUGUAUGGAAAGGUCUUCCCCAUAGUAUACUUUAAUGUAAAUACCCUGUAGAUAAUAUGUUGGUUGUUUAGAUAGAACGUACAUAGUAGAAGAAUUUAACAAAUGUUGUAGUGUUCAAAUAUUUCAAUUAGUUUAAGUUAAAAGAUGUUAUAGAAUAUUAGAAUAACUGUAAAUAUGUAAGUGAAAAGAUACCACAAUAUUCAAAUAUUACAAUUAAUAUAAAUAAGAUAUAUAUGCAUAGCAGAAUUCAGAUAUGAAAGUUAUAUGAGACUAAGCCAACAUUUAGGGAUAACUUGAAUCCAAAAAUAUCAUGAUGGUAGCAAUUGUUUAGUUAUUAUGACAAAUUGCCAUGUUAUUUCGAAAUACUCAAAAUAUACAUGGUAAAUAUAAAUAUCUUGUAGUUUACAUAGUUUUGAAAAUAGUAAAGUAGGUCUAGAUGAGAGCUAAAUUCCUGGUUUUGAUUUGCACAUUUUAAUUUUUACAAGUCAUUAAUGGGACAAACGUACAAUAUCAAGCUUAAUACAUUUACCUGUUUAUUCAUAUAUUUAUGUGUGUAUUCUAAUCUUAAGGUUUAACAGAGGUCAAUUUUAAAGAUUAUUUAAUAUAUAAAUUAUAAUUAUUUAUUUAUAAUAACACAAAUUAAUUGGACUAGAACUUGCAAAUAAGUUGAGAGGGACUGGUCCAAAUGGUUGAGCAAAGGCUCUGCACUUAAUAAAGCAUACUCAUUACUUUUAAAUAAUUAUUUUGGAUUCUUCACAUGUGAAAAAUGCCUGGCACUUUCCCUUUCAUUUUAUAGAAAUGUCAUAUCAAAUACAAUAUAGUCAACAAUUUAUGAAUGAAAUAUUUAUGUGUUAUUUUAAUGAAACUUAAUUUAUAGAAUGUUACAUUGAAAUAAUGCCAUAGUAUGUUAAAACAUUUUCCCUAAAUAUGUAAUUAGGAACAGAUUUUGUAUAUAUGUCUUUAUUAUCUCCAUUAUUUUAACUAAUUUCUCUCAGACAUUUUGAUAAACUUUAUCAUUAUUUAGAUGUUAGGAUUGUUUAAUAUAAUCUGUUUACAAGUUUUAUUUUCUCUUUAUUAAACUAUUUGUAUAUAUACAUUUAUCUAUUUCUGUAUAUUUACUUAGUUUAAUAUAACUUACAUUUUUAAUAUUACCCUUACACAUAUCCUAGAGAUUUCACCAUGACCUUUUUCUUAUAAACCUACAGUAAUAAUUUUAAAAUUUCAUUGGGUGUUGCAUAGGGUAAGACUUAAAAUCAUAUUUAUUUUGCAUUAUCUUAUUACUCUUUUUGAUCUGAAUACUUUUUACAUUUGCUAUUAAAGCUGUCUAAAAAUAUACAGCAGCAGCCAUGAUUGAUCAUAAAUAUGACUACUAGAGUUUGAUUGCAUAAAACCUUCAAAUGGAAACAAAUUUUUGUGUUGAGUUAGACAAAUUGUUUGGUUUAAUUUGGGUUUUCUAUCAUUUGUUUUGUGGAUAUGUUGAUAUUUGUUUUGCAAAAGUUAUUAUAGGGUAAUGUAAUAAGCUUUAGAUCUUUAUUAUUCACUUUAUUUUGACAGCCUGACUACAUGUGCAUUCACUAUUAAUACAGCAAUGUUUACAGGACUAAAACCAUAUAAAUGAGCCAUAUAUAUGGGCACUGCGGUAGUUAGGUAUGACUAUAUAUAUAGAGGCUUGCUAGAAAGAAGUUUUUGUUUUGUUUUCUAUCCUUUUGUGUUUGAAGGUGUUUUAUGAUUGUUGUCCUCCUUACAUAUUCAUGAACUCCAUGGGGAUACUCUAUUGAAUGUUCCGGAAUUAAAUUGUCUCAAUUCCAAAAAUAGUGUCAAUCGAGUGAAAAGGAGAAUUUUGGAGUACAACGCAUGUGCCGACUGCAUAAAAAAUAUCUUAACCAAUCAUGACAGCUGAAACAUAUUUGUUACUUAAAAUACGUCACAAUUUCAUUUAUUCUGUUUUAUUUCUCUGUAACUUUAGAAUGGCCAUGUAUAUGAAAUUGAAAAUACAUAUCAGCCAUAUUUGGAAACAAAUAUGGUUAGUACAGUUUGAUUAUGAAAACCGUUCAGAUACAUGUAGAUGUAAAAUCUGGUAUUUAUUUAGCUAGAUUUUAUUUUGAUUUUCUAUAUCAGUUGUUAUUUUAUUAUGUUAUAUUAUGGUUGUUUUAUUUUGUAGAUAAGCUUUGUUUUAGUUGCUGUAUAAUAGUAGCCUUAAUUUAUUUCAUGAUUUUUUGUUGUUAAUUUUGUUAAAUAUAGAAAUGUGCAUUGUGUGAUAAAUAAACCAUUUAUUUCUUUAUUAAUACAGUGAGGUAGUUUAAUGAAAUCUAACAAAUAUAUAACUAUGUUUAAUAUGUGUUUUAAAGAUUCAUAAGAUUAACAGAAUUUGCAUAAAAUAAAUUAAAGAGGUAUUACAACUUUCCUGAAUGAAUGAUUAGUUUCGUAUUAAAACACCCCUUUAUAUUUGCAGAUUGAUUGAACAUACCUCAUGUAGAUCAGAGCUAAUCAAAAUUAUCUUUUUUAUGGAGGUACAAAGAUCCUCAAAGUGCCCAUUGCUCUUUAGGAUUUUGGUUAAGAAUAUUUAUUUCAUUUUUACAGAUGUUAGUAUACUUGAAUUGAAUUUUAUUAUAUGAAAGCAAUAGUAUGACAUAUAUUACAUUAGUUGUUAUUAACCCUUUGACAACCAAGUUCCUGAAUGUUCCACUGCCUAUUCAUUGGUUUCCUGGGGCCAAGACGUCCAUGUCUUGACUGAAACAAGUGAAGGUCGUGGAUGAAGAACCAACUGCUCAUAUUAUGGACAGUACAAUUAAUGUUGCUUUUUUGGCAUUAACAUAUGAUGUAAAUAAGUGAAAGUUGCAAAAGUUUCUCUGGCCCCUGGUAUUAUGGGCACAACAAUGUCACAGGCUUCAAAUCUGGGCACAAAUAUUUAAAGGGUUAAAUUUAAACUAACGGGUACAUUGUACUUAAAUGGGAUUAUCUGUUAAUAAUUAGAGAAAUACAUAGAUGGGGUACUGAUUGGUUGUAGCUGUUUAUCCCAAUCGCUUUAAGUUGGAACUUACAUGUGCAUGCUAUUAAUUUAUUUAUACUUACUAACAAUGAAAUAACUUAUAUUUAUAAAAAUUAACAUUUGACUAUGCAUUUGAUAUAAUGUGUGUUGUGUAUAGACAGAGGGUGGUCAUAAAACUUGUGACAUAAAGUUGUUGUUUAUUUCAUAUUUAUGAAUUCAGAGGGUACUUAAAACAGAAUAUAAAAAAAAUUGAUUAUUUAGGUAGAAAUUGUCAGGGAUUAGAUAUUUGGCUGGUGGUUAAAUAAAAAAAAAUGCCAUAUUUUCCUGGAAGUCUGGAAAAAUGUCUUUUUAUUUCAUACAUAUAAUUCAUAUAUCUGGCAGAAGAUUUAUAAGUCACUACCUUUAUCAACCUUGGUUUUACCCCAAGCUGAAUAUAAUCCAUGUUGUUGUCAUUGUAAAUAAGUUAACUUUGGUACAAGAAGCAAUGUCCUGGAACAUGAAGAAAAGAACCCUUGUACUUAUAGACAUUUAUUCCAAGUUUGUAUGUAUCCAAAACUUUUUGGCUCAAUUUUGUCUAUCUUGGCUCUUGGAACUUGACAAUUUCUCUUUUGUCAAAUUAUUGGUUGCAUGCUUUUUUUCUCCCUUAAUGUAUUUAAUUUCUAUAAAUAAGAGGCUUUAAUAGAAAUGUUAGAUUAGAAUAUCUUGUGAUAUUGUUAUUAUUAUUAUAUAUUAGAACAGGUAUGUUUGUAUCACCUUGUAUUAUAUAGUAUAUUAUAUUAGAGUGUAUUUUGUUUAGAUUUUACCACACACCUUGUUCUAGUAUGUGCAAUAAACUUUUAUAAAAUUGG